ACGCAGCGGGUCCUGAAAGCGGCUCCGGGGCGGCGCGGUGGCGCACUGUGCGCGCCGAGCAGGCGAAGGGCUAGCGCCGGCGGCGGCGGUAGUAGCGCGGGCAUUAGAGCCGGCAGGGGCUUCAUCACAGCACCGACAGCCCUGGCGGCCCCGGCGGCAGGGACCCGUAUCCGCUCCUGCGCCCCUCGCUCACCGCUCGGCAGACGCGGUGGUUGUCCCGGAAGAGGCAAGCCAGGGAUAGUCCAACCGGACCCCCAAGAGCGGGCAGCGGGCUCCAAGAGUUGGUAGCGUGAGGGCACAGCCAGGAGCGAAUGAGCCGGGAGCUUCGGGGCCCGCGGGAACUUUGAAGGCGGCGGGUCCCGGGCUUCGAGGGUUGCAGUUUCGGGGCGCUCCGGGCUCCCAACCUUAGUAGCGGCAGCGUCUUAGAAUCCGCCGCGGCCCCUGCCCGGCCGGAGAGGGAGUUCUCUGCAACUUCGUCGGAGACGUCGGAGAGCCGGCGGGAGAGAGACGGAGGGGCACGUUCAGCCCCAGAGACACGGAGCAGCGGGAGACAGGAAGGAUCUGGCGGAGGCCGAGGGGUGGACAGACCCUCGAAGCAGAGUGACCGAAGCAGCCCCGGAGUGAGACGAAGGGCCGUGUGCUCGCGGCCUCUUGCAGGCUUCUGCUCCGGCUCCGAGCGCCCCUAGCUGUCCCGGAGGUGGGCCCCUGCGCUAUGCCCUCGACGCCACGGGCGCCUGGGCCUCUGCUUCUCGGGUGUGGGCCGGGAGCCGCCGCUUGAGCCCGCGGAGGAGCGAAACUAGCUGCAGUUGGGCGCCCGCUCCCAGACCGACUGCCUGAGCACCGUUUCCCGCCUCUCGGCUCAGCUCUCCGCGAUCUUCCGCAGGAGGCUUGGAGAGGGACCCCCACGGCUGCAGAGGUGUUUUCUGAGCCCACCUCACAGGGUGCCUGGCCUAGUGGCGCGGGUCCCUAGGUUCCCUGAGCAGCCCUUUGGCGCGGAGAGGCAACGGCGUGGGCCGACCUGCAGUCUGGAGCGCCCCGAUGGAAAUACACUGUAAGCACGACCCGUUUGCAUCCAUGCAUAGACAUGGAGGAGUGAAUCAGCUUGGGGGGGUUUUUGUGAAUGGACGGCCACUCCCAGAUGUAGUCCGCCAAAGGAUAGUGGAACUUGCCCAUCAAGGUGUCAGGCCCUGCGACAUCUCCAGGCAGCUUCGGGUCAGCCAUGGUUGUGUCAGCAAAAUUCUUGGCAGGUAUUAUGAAACAGGAAGCAUCAAGCCGGGGGUGAUUGGCGGAUCCAAACCAAAGGUUGCCACUCCCAAAGUGGUGGAAAAAAUCGCUGAGUAUAAACGCCAAAAUCCUACCAUGUUUGCCUGGGAGAUCAGGGACCGGCUGCUGGCAGAGCGGGUGUGUGACAAUGACACGGUGCCCAGCGUCAGCUCCAUCAACAGGAUCAUCCGGACAAAAGUACAGCAGCCCCCUAACCAGCCAGUCCCAGCUUCCAGUCACAGCAUAGUGUCUACAGGCUCGGUGACGCAGGUGUCGUCGGUGAGCACCGACUCUGCAGGCUCCUCAUACUCCAUCAGUGGCAUCCUGGGCAUCACGUCCCCCAGUGCCGACACCAACAAGCGCAAGAGGGAUGAAGGUAUCCAGGAGUCUCCAGUGCCAAACGGCCACUCCCUUCCAGGCAGAGACUUCCUCCGGAAGCAGAUGCGGGGAGAUCUGUUCACACAGCAGCAGCUGGAGGUGCUGGACCGCGUGUUCGAGAGGCAGCACUAUUCAGACAUCUUCACCACCACGGAGCCCAUCAAGCCAGAGCAGACCACAGAGUAUUCAGCCAUGGCCUCACUGGCCGGAGGCCUGGACGACAUGAAAGCUAACUUGACAAGCCCCACCCCUGCUGACAUCGGAAGCAGCGUGCCAGGCCCGCAGUCCUACCCCAUUGUUACAGGCCGCGACUUGGCAAGCACGACCCUUCCUGGGUACCCGCCACACGUCCCCCCCGCUGGACAGGGCAGCUACUCCGCACCGACGCUGACAGGGAUGGUGCCCGGGAGUGAAUUUUCUGGGAGUCCCUACAGCCACCCUCAGUAUUCUUCCUACAAUGAUUCGUGGAGGUUCCCCAACCCAGGACUGCUUGGAUCCCCAUACUAUUACAGCGCCGCAGCCCGAGGAGCUGCGCCACCUGCUGCAGCCACCGCCUACGACCGCCACUGACCCUCAGAGCCAUGUGCACCAACUCUCACCACGCAUAUCAUUGAGGUAGACAGCUUCCCGAUUCCCAAGAUAGACAGAGGGACCCGACAAGUCCGUCUCCCACCCCAUCCCACACACACUUGGAGCACCCUCCCUCCAUUUUUUUCCUGCCCCCGGAUCCAGGUAGGGCUGUUGGACUUCUGGGUUCUCAUCCAUUUCAAGAGUCAAUUGACGCGCUUCUCCCAGGGGUGACAGGCUUCUCUGCUGUUCUGAAGACCGUUGCAGCCAAGCCCGGUCUGCCAGUCCCUCCUGACUGUCUGCCCGUCUGUGAAGAGGCGAGCUGGCUUCAUAGCACCCAUGUAAAUACCUUCUCGCUUCUCUGUGGACCUGAGGGUCUAACAGAGCAGAUUACCCACAAUGCAUCACAGGCUAUCUUCCAGCCCUGCACAGAACACCCCCCUCUGCCCUGGUGCCCUGUCAGUGCUCCAACUCAAAGCUGUCUUUGAGACGGACAGCAGCCACCUUGAGGAUGCCUGGCCUCGAGCUCGCUCCACUUCUUUCAUAUCUACAAGGCUCACUGGUGGUCACGGCGUGAGCUUCCCCUGAGGUUCCUCCCCAAAGGAAUACACCUCGGAGAGACAGACGCUCUGACCUCUCACCUUCAUUUCCAUGGAGUCACCGCAGCGCCAACAGUCCUUUUCUUAAUCCAGGGACUCCAAGAGAACUGUCUGGGGCAGCUGCUCUCCUAAAGUAAGAGGUUCAUCAAGUGCAGAUGGCAUUGUGACUCUGAAUAGCUCUCUGGAUCAAAAGAUCAUUGGACCCAGGCCAGGGACAAGCCUGAGGCUUUCCUGGUCCUCCUGACCCCUGGAACCAAACUGAACGUGUUUUCUGAGGCAUUGCCCAAGCUCAAGUCACUUUGGACAUCAGCCAUGGGCACUUCACAGCUGUCCUCUGGGACCCCAACAACUGGAUUCUGGGCAAGUCUGUCCCAGCCACAGAGACAGUGGCUAACAGAAAGGACUGAUGUCUGCACUGAGGACCAGCACCUGCUGCGGGCAUCAGCCAGGACCUGAGCUUCCUCACAAGCAGCCCUGCCACCCUUGGAGAGCACAGACUGUGGCUGGGCACGAAGGUGGUGGGGGUGUGGCAGGUACCCAACUUACACCUGCAGGCCAGCCUGUCCAUAAAAGGUGUCAAGAUGGAACUCGCUGUGGGAAAGGUGGAGGAAUAUGUGGGAGACCGAGGAAGGGCUGGGGAGGGCCGGGACAAGCAAUGAGGGACCAGCUGGGGAUGGGUAAUUUGAGGGUGGGCUUGAGUCUGGGGUGCCCAGUGACACAAUUCAUUCAUCUGGGACCUCUGUUCUCCACACGGUCCCUCUUGCAGAGAAGAACCCCUGUCUAAACUGAGGACAGCAAGCAGUCAUUUCCCUGACAGUGUCCCUAGGGUCUGUUGUCUAGUGGGACCUCAGACCUGUACCUCUCUGAGCUUCUGCUGGGCUGACAGCUGGCCGAUCUCACUGUUUUUCCUUCUCUCCCUUCCUCCCAGGGAGCUGAGGCGUUGGCAGUGUCACCUGGGUCAGGCCCUCACUUUUGAGCAAGCAUACGGGAUCUUGCCAAUGUUCCAAUCAAGUGUGAAGCAAGAAUGGGAACCACAGAGCCUCAAAAACAUCUAGUUUAGUUCUGAGAGGAAACUGGGGCCCAGCUUAGGGAAGUCUAGAAUCAGACAGGGAGACCAAACAGAACCCCCACACCCACACCCACCCCGCAUUGUUUUGUGCCUCAAUACCUCCCAUAGGGUAAUAAGACAAAAGAAAAAAUUGAGGCUUGGUAAAGUGGAGUCCCAGCAGAGGUAGGGCUGGGACCUGGGCCCCUUCUAACACAUGGUGGUCGCUGUCACUUCUGUCUACCCAUCUCUUGUACCUGGAAGAGAAGGUGACAGUCAAGAUGGCAGGGGGUACCAUUUGUCCCAACACUCCAGACCAGGCUUCCGAACUGGUAGAACUGCCAAGAAUCCCUGUCACCAAGCUAGAGGCAAGGCACGUGAGCUUGGAGCAGACUUAGCACCUGGGGAACUUGCUAGCGGAGGAAGGUAGCUAGGGCCUCAAGCCCACCCCCGGGAGAUGAGCAACCUGCAUUCAGCCUGCCUUUGUCAGCUAAGGUAGGAGAAGGCUCCAUCCUCACUCCUUCUCUGUCCCUGCUUCUGCUCUGUUAAUGAUGUUCAUCCUGUGCUCCUCCCAGUUCCAAACUGCAGGAGGGCACAACCUCCAGGUACCUUACCGCCUUCAGUGCACACACCUCCCUUCCUCAGCAAGCCCACCCCGCCCCACGGUGGCUCCCUCCCCGCCACCGCCUCAUCUUGCCCACACAAGGAACUCCAUCUGUAUGUCUCUCCUCUCCGAGGAAAGCACCCGAGGUGCUGCUGGGCCUCAGACUGGAGUCUGUAGUUAUUAGUCAACCCCGUGGUUCCUGGGAGAGAAGCCAGGCAGAAGCACAAGGGCACAGAGGUACAUGGCUGCUCACGCACACACUGCUCUCGCCAGCUCCAGAGACACAAAUGCAUUGUGGGUGGUCUCAUGUUUGCACACCUGCUCUCUCCAGCUAGCACCCUCACACUGCAGAUGCACAAGCCAGAGAACUCAAAACGGAGUCUGGGGUUUCACCAGCACCGGGGCAGAAGGCUGGGCUAUUGGUCCAAGGACCUUCAGUCCUGUUUGAACUUUGUGAAAAAAAGACAUUUCCACACCAUUUGUCUAGCUCCAGCCUGAGAACUUGUGAAUAUAUGACAAACCCACCGUCCCUUUGCUAAGUCACCAGCUUAGAGAUUGUCUUCAUAAACGAUACUGUACAGUGCUUUGUAAUGCUCCACUACCCCACGAGGUCAAGAUCCUGACAUUCGAGGCUCACUGUGAAGAUAAGGAUGAAGUGAAUCCUCCAGUCUCUGAGCCACAUUCUUUGCCCACAGAGUUGAGAUCCCAUCACGAAGUGUAUGGCUUGAAGACUCCCACCCCUGAGUCCUCCAGAAAUCCCCAGACCUACAACGCGAAAAGAAAGAACAGAGCCCAAAAGUUGGUCUAGUAACAAGCAGGGUCUGGGGACUGGUGGCCUUGAGGGUCCCAUCAACACUGAUACUUUCAGUCUUUACCUAAACUCCCACAAACACCUCUGAGUUUUCCCAUGGAGCCUUUUCCCUGCUGUACCCUGAGGCUCUGAGGACAGUGUGUCCAAACCUGUACCAUAGUCUCUAGUCCCUGGCAGGGUCUAGAUACAAACGUCCCAUGAGCCGUCCCCUUUCUUUCUCUUUUCUCUGCCCUUUCUACUUUGGAACAAACUGUGACAACAUACAAGGCUGCCUGGUCUAGAACCUGGCCUCUCCAGAGGCCUCUCCUGAGGCCGGUCAGGUGGUUCGCAGCCACCCUCUGGGCAGGGUACAAAGCAGCAGGGUAUGGUAUAUCCCCAGGUGUCUAGAGCAUGUUUGGCCCAUGGGUUGGCAUCUCAAUAGUGAAAACUUUAAAAACACUCUGUUGGCCAAAAGAAAAAGAUGCCUAUGGGCUGAAUCGGGCCAAUCAGCCACCAACUUGUGAACCAGUCUUGUUGAAAGCCCUUCUGUUCUCUCCUUGCUCUUUCAUGAACACUUGGGGAAGAUGGGAGGGAGAGGAGCGGUGCUCAAACUGUUUCUAGAACUUUGGAAGUGGUGGUGGGUAUGAGGGGAGCUGCUGGUUUUCUAUGUGUAGAGCCCCAGAUGUGGCCACAAGGCAUUGAGGGGUGAAAUCCUCUUAUGAGGAGUCAAACUUCAGAGUGACUGAUGUGCCUUUGGCAGCCUUAGCUCCAUCCACCCCUUUGUAGGUGACAUUUCAGCUAGAAUUUAACUCCAAGCCAUGGGUAGCAAAUCUUAAAAGCAAACCGAGCACUCCCAAGCAUAUACUAGGAACAAGUGGCAUCGGAAACGCGGUCUCCCGGGAGACCCCUGCACAGGCCAGGCCAGGCCAGGCUAGAGUAGGUUGACCCCAUAAGUCUCUGAGUUAGACCAGCUCCCUGGUGGCCCUGGCCUUGUCACCCAUCUGGAGUCUGCCUGUGAUAGUUUCCAGGCACACGGUGGUGCACCUGGAUAAAUUUAUUCCUUUAUUGCUUUAACCUCCAAGAGGUCCAAGGCAUGUGCAUUUCUUAAAAGGAAACAAAACACAUGAUUGCAGACUUGGACAGUCAGGCCACGACAUCUUGCCUUCAGUCUGCCCUACCUCCCAGUGGCCCCUUCAGCUCCUUGGCCCUUGUUGUCCCUGGACCUCAAGAUUCCCUUUUGCAUAUUCAUGAGGGAGCCACAGAGUUGAUCCACACUUUCUUGCUGUCAGCUAAGGCUAUUCCUGCCUUGGCAGCCGGGUCCCCAAGGGCCAGCUGCAGAACACAUAGUGAGUCCCUUGCACAGGUGCUGUUUGGUUACAGAUGCAGCGAAGGUAGAGUGAGCUGCAUGCCGGGAGCAGCAGGCAUCCAUCUUUCUUUUUGUCUUUGGUAAUUCGUCAGUACUGAGGCCCAGUUCCUGGGUCCUUCGAGGACCAAUGGGGUACUCAUAUCUGAUCACUACCAUUCAUGGGUUUCAAUCCAGAAGUUCCUCUUAGUUCAUCUCCAGAUGCGGUUGAACACAGCCACCCUUUAGUACCUCUAGAUUCUUCUGCCUACACCUUAGUCUCCUGAGUAGCAAGUACCAAGUUGCUGUUUCUGUCCUCACUGUGGGCAUGGCAUGGCAUGGCAUGGCAUGCUGGUAAGCUCUCAGUUGGGAUCAGGCUCAGCCUGGACAGCUUUGGUUAGGGGGUAGAGAAGGGAACAAGGAAAACUAGCAAAAAGGUUAGAGACUUGGCAUUUCUGUGCCUCUCACUGUCUCUAAAACCUGACUUCAGGAGACCAGCCUGUAGUCUCACUUGUCCCGACCUGGUUCACUCGCUUGCUAAAUUGCACACGGGGGUAUAGUCCCCCAAACCACCAUGCAGAUGGCACAUUCUUCAUCCUCUCCAAAAGCAUCUUGAGACCAUGUAACAAUGGGUUUUUGAUUUACAAAUGGUGCAUUUCACUUAGAGUGGAACAGAAAGGAAACUAUUUAAUGACCCCCUUGUUUUCAAGCAUGAGUACAUUUUAACGAAACUAUUUCAUUGGAUUUGAGGGAAUGGAGAGUUGGACUUUCCAACCGAUCAAUAGCCAAUUAAUUGCUAUAAAAUUAAAAAGAAAAUAAAUCCCAAAUCCAUUUUAAACAUUGUGCAAAACUCAGAGCCUCGUAGUCAGGCCUUCUUCUCCAUGCCGUGUGCUCAAGUGCAUGAAUAGGGGAGUUUACAUACAUACACGCACAAGCACACACACACACAUACAUGUACACAGUCUCAAUACACAGUCACACACACAUACAGACCUCCCUCUAGCACACACACAAACUCACACAGUCAAUCAUACACACAGACCUUUCUCUAGCACACACACACACACACACACACACACACACACCCUCUCUCUGAUACUAGGACAUGAAACUCAGAAGAACUGUUGUGUCUCCCGAUGCCAGUUCUUGCUGGCUCUGCUUGCCUUUGGUCACAGAAGGUGAGUGGACCCAGCAGCAGCCUGUCCCAGGGCUCAGAGAGGGACAGAGCUGGCCCCAGGCCCAAGCCACCAGCACAGUGUAGGUAAUGGGCAUGAGGACCUGUUGUGGCCAGCAUGCUGCUUCUCUGCCUGGUUACAGGGCCGCCCCACAGUGAGCAGGGGUUGGAAUUUUGACUCCUGCUAGACGAUACUGCCCUGGCUUGCCACCCUCUAGUGGCCCCCGGACAUUGAGUCUUUGUGGGAUGUAGAUGACAUUCCGAUAGAGCUCUGCCAGGAAGACAAGUGGCUUUUGCUUCUCAUUCUUUCAGAUGGUUAACACUGCCCUACGGACUGGCCCAGCAUCAAAGAAAUGCAUAUCUACUGUAUCCGCCAAAGUUUGUGAUGCCUGCAUAGACGCUUGUUAAAAAAAUAUACAAAAAAAACAACAAAAAAAUAAAUACAACCACACAAUUGAAUUGCCUUUGAAAGUGGGAGACGAUCUGUCUCCAGCAGAUUGAGAAACAAAAAGCUUCUUAAAAGUGUGUAUGUUUUUUUAUUCUUUUUUCUAGUAGAACUGACUUGAAAUAUUGGUGGUUUUUUUUUUCUUAGUGAUGUGUGUUGCUUUUGUGUGUGAUAAUAUUUGAAUGUAAUUACAGCAGUGCCAAUUUGCCAAAGAUGUUGGACAUAUUUUUCUUUUGUUGGGGGAAGGGCGGGGCUUCGGGUGGGACCUGGGAGGACACUGGGAUGGUAUACUGGUUUAUUUUUUUUUUAAACUUUUUUUUUUCUCGUCAAACCUGGGAUUUGUGGUUUUAUCUUAAGUUAAAUGGUUGGCUGCAACACCUUUAUUUUAAAUUAGCUGGAGAAACAUGCAAUAAGGUUGGCGUAGUUUCAAUAUCUGUGUCUUUUCAUGAGUGACUGUUCUUGUGAAGAAUUGAUUUUAUGUAACCUUUAUGUGAGAUAAUUAUUUGUAAAUAUUUGCCAUAAUUUUAUUGGUUCCUAAAAUAAAAGUAAUUUUUUAAGUUCA